CGCAUGUAACUUGUCUACGUGAACGUUACAAAGGUUAUUCCAGGUUUUUCUUCGUACACAUUUCUACCAAAGUAUUACCCCCAGGAGUGUACGCCGUGCAGGUGCAGUAGGCGGCAGCUAAGUUGUAGCGGUCGGUCUGUGUUUCACUCAAACCACUAUGUUGGGGCUAACACACUUUUGCUAAUCUAGUAACCCAACCGCUGGACAAUAUGAAUAGGAGAAUUAUGAGGCAGUGUGCUUUCCAUCGACUCCUUAGAUCAUGUCUCUGAUCCUGUUUGCCUUUGUGGUUCGGGUCAGGGAUGGACUCCCCCUGUCAGCCUCCACAGACUUUGAGCACAACCGGGAGCUCCAGGAGAGGAAGCAGCAGCUCAGGACCAUCAGCAAGACAUUGGGCCUGUUACCCGAAAGAGGGACUGUCAAAGGCCAUGACCUCAACAUAUACUUUGUUUCUUCUGAGGGUGUAUCCUACAUGGCUGUGUGCCAUUGCAGCCUCCCUGUUGCUAAGGCCUUCUGCUUCCUGGAGGAUCUGCGUUGGGAGUUCACGGCAUGUUUCAAUAGCACUGCGGUUGUCUUGGCAGCCAGGCCCUAUCCAUUUUUGGAAUUUGACGGCGCCAUUCAGAAGCUGAAGCAGCAAUACAACAAGAGUGGUGGCCCGGCUCUGGAGGUCACAUUAGCUGAAGUCCAGGAGGACCUCAAACUCAACCCUCCACAAGUUCUGACCUUGGAGGAGGUAGAGCUUACCAACGGGGCAGCUAAUGGACAUAUGAAGGACUCUCCUGGAUCUGGUCAGAAUGUGAGACUUGAACCGGUGACGGCUCCAGGAAUCCUCUCCCUGGUCCUGAAUAUCUUGUGUGCGUCAUUAAACCUCAUCCGGGGUGUCCAUCUCAUAGAGUACACAUUCCAGGAUGACUAUGAAGGAGUGUGGAGUGUUGUGGCAUUUCUACUGGCAUUUAUCUGCUGCGUGUUUCAGUGCCAACUGUACCUGCUCCACUCAUCCCUGAAGAGGUUCAAGUCCUUCACGUUGCUGAGCCUGAUUGUCUUAUGCAACGCCUACCUGUUUGGCCUGAGGAACACAUGGCAGUUGCUCUUCCACAUCUCCGUCGCUUCCCUCUCCACCCUCCUCAUCCUCUCUCGCAAACUCCAGGACAGAAUAAAUGACUGCGGGGUCUGAGGAACGGAGGGGGACAGUUUAGUGUGUUGCACCACGCCCACGUCUGCCUCUCAGGUGUUUGCUGCAGGAAGUGGUUGCGCUUUACGUACGCCGUUUCUAAGACUUUGCAAGAGGACAGACCAAAAUGCAAUUCUGCUUAUACUCUCAUGAAUAAGACCCAUUUUCAUGGCAAAGGAUAAAAUGAAGGAUACAGUGGAAGUAAUCUCUAUUUUGGAAGGAAGUGUUGGUCUGACAAGAAUGAUGGGAAAUCUUUUCCAGAGUCGCCGCGCUCGACAAAGUUAACCCGUCAGUCGUUUUUAACCGGAUUUUAAAGGAAGUUCCUCGCCAAGCUUCCUUGUUACUGACUUUGGGACCCGAUUAACGCUGCUGAUGAUGUGGACAUUCAGACAAGCUUCCACGCCAUGGCGUACUAACGGGCUGAAGGACAAAGCUACGUUUUUAACAAUAAAGGUCAGUUACCUUUUCACCGGUCAUUUUAUUGUCCGUUUAAUAACAAGUCAGUACCUUUAACACUUCAUAAGUAUUUGAUAUUUGCCAUUGCCACUGUAGAGUCCAGGAGGUGUGUCAUUAUAUAGCAGACCGAAUUAAUGAUGCUGAUGAUGGAUUUAACUGCCAUAUUUGUCUUGAAGAUGAGGAGCCAAAUAACGGAGAGGGGUGUGUAAUCCUAGUGUGUUUGGUUGUGUUUCACACUGUAUGCAAUUUCUGCAACUCUUUGCAAAAUGAAGGAUGAUCGUGUGCCCUUCAUAAACUUUCCAUGUACAGUAAGAAUGCACUGAACCGUUUGGCGUGUUGUGGCAACCAGCGUUUGACGUUACCCUCUGCAAACCAUUCAGGGUCAGAGGGGCAACGGGAAGUCAAGGUAGACGCCCCGCUUCGUCAUUUUCUUCAGCAGGUUCACAAACUGGUCGACUAAAAAAAAAAAUAAAAAAAAACCAUUCAAAAAGGAGGAUCUCAUUUGUAGUUAAAUUUUGUCAGUGUCCGGGUUGAUUUAGUGGCUUUUUGUCUUGUGUGUAGACUACUGAGCCGUGGCAAACAUCCUUCUCUGACUGCCAAAUACACUGAUGAUGAAGGGGCGUCAUGUGAUCCUGCAGCGGUGAAACUGACGUGUGUUUA